AUGGCCUCCCUAGCCAUGUCGCUGCGGGACCGGCAAAUCGCAUCGAUUCAAAAGAUUCUGAACCUCAAUCAUGAAGUCCAUACCUCCGGAGAUACCCAGACUGACGGCGCAGGUUCGGCCGUAAUUCCACAAACCACCCCCAUCUUGAACGAAGACGGCGACCCGAUAUGGAAAGUCCUGGUUUUCGAUAACAAAGGCCGAGAUGUGAUUAGCAGUGUUUUGCGAGUGAAUGACUUGCGGGCAUGGGGCGUCACAAUCCACUUGAACAUAAAUUCUGCACGAUAUCCAAUUCCUGAUGUUCCAGUCGUUUACCUCGUCGAGCCAACUGCAGUGAACGCGCAACUCAUUACCUCCGACUUAUCUCGUGGACUAUACUCCCCUGCAUACGUCAACUUUCUCUCUUCGGUACCCCGCCAACUCCUAGAAGACUUCGCCUCACAGAUCGCAACGUCGGGCACAGCAGAACAUAUAGCUCAAGUUUUUGAUCAGUACUUGAAUUUCAUCGUCGCAGAGCCAGAUCUGUUCAGCCUAGGAUUGGGCAACGACUCAUAUUGGAAGAUCAACAGUGCUCAAACCAGCGAUGAAGAUCUUGACAACAUCGUGGAUCAAAUUGUCAGUGGGCUCUUUGAUGUCAGUGUCACUAUGGGCUCCAUACCAAUCAUUCGAUGCCCAAAAGGCGGCGCCGCUGAGCUGAUAGCCACCAAGUUGGAUCGCAAACUGCGCGAUCAUAUACUCAAUUCGAAGGAUAAUCUGUUUUCGGGCAAUAAGCGGCCGGGGGUUGCCGUGCCAUCGUCGCGACCGGUAAUGAUUAUUGUGGAUCGAAAUGUUGACCUCGUGCCGAUGCUGUCACAUGGAUGGACAUAUCAGUCUCUGGUGCAAGACGUGCUCAAGAUGCACCUAAAUCGAAUCACGGUGGAAACUCUAGUGGACGAAUCGGACCCUUCAAAAGGAAAGACCAAAAAGGCAUAUGACCUCAACGCGACGGACUUCUUCUGGAAACGCAAUGCCAACGUGCCUUUUCCCCAAGUGGCGGAAGAUAUUGACGCCGAGUUGACGAGAUAUAAAGAAGAUGCCAACGACAUUACAAAAAAAACAGGAGCAUCGUCAAUUGAAGACCUUCAGAAUGAUACCAGUGCUUCUGCACAUCAUCUCAAAGCGGCUAUUACUCUGCUUCCAGAACUACGAGAGCGCAAAGCUACCCUUGAUAUGCACAUGAACAUUGCUACGGCGUUACUACAAGGAAUCAAAGACCGACAACUCGACAACUUUUUCCAACUCGAGGAGAACAUCGGCAAGCAAAGCAAGGCCCAAAUAUUAGAAUUGAUAAAUGAUUCUAGCAAGGGUACCGAUCCGUCCGAUAAGCUCCGGUUGUUUAUCAUCUGGUUCCUGACGACAGAAAUGGAAUUGACAAGGGGGGAAAUGACGAACUUUGAGGAAGCACUGCAAAAAGCAGGAAACGAGGAUACAUCCUCUAUUGCAUAUGUUAAGCGUGUACGAGAAAUUACUCGAAUGACCAUGAUGACGAGCUCGACGGGAGCUCCCCAACAACAAUCAUCCGAUCUCUUCAAGGGCUUCUCGUCUCUUUCUAACCGACUGACUGACCGCAUCACAUCCGGUGCCCUCGGCGCCAACUUUGACUCUCUCAUUUCUGGCGUCAAGAAUUUUUUGCCGGUCAACAAGGACCUCACGCUCACCAAGAUCACGGAAUCGAUUAUGGAUCCUCAAUCAGCUUCAAGCUCAGCAAUUGCCAAGACUGAGAAUUAUCUCUACUUCGAUCCUCGUAGCGCGAAUGCACGAGGUGCCAUGCCUACAUCAUCUGCUGCUCGCGGCCAACAGCAGGCCGGCGCUGGCUCAGCUUCCACACCCGGAAUCGCCGCUAGCUUUGGACAGCGUCGUCAGGCCUUCAACGAAGCCAUCGUCUUUACCGUUGGCGGUGGUAGUAUGGAGGAGUAUGGCAAUCUGCAGGACUGGGUUGCUCGAACGAGCGGUCAACCCGGUACUACUGGUGCUGGCGGUGGUCCAGGCGGCGCUGCUGCCGCUGGUACUAGUAUAACCACAUCCGCAGGAACUCACAGGAAGAGAGUCGUUUACGGAAGUACAGAGCUCAUGAACGCAUCCGACUUUUUGAUAGAUGCGUUGGGAAGGUUGGGCAAGGAGAGUUGA